GAAGUGAAUCAUGCCUGUCCGGAGGGGUCAUGUUGCGCCACAAAAUACAUUUUUGGGAAUAAUUAUUCGGAAAUUCGAAGGACAAAAUAAGAAAUUCAUCAUAGCCAAUGCCCGGGUGCAGAACUGUGCUAUUAUCUACUGUAACGACGGCUUCUGCGAGAUGACGGGCUUCUCCAGGCCGGAUGUCAUGCAGAAGCCGUGCACUUGUGACUUCCUGCAUGGCGAGUUCACCAGCCGGCACGCCGUGGCCCAGGUGGCCCAGGCACUGUUGGGCUCCGAGGAACGCAAGGUGGAGAUCACCUACCACCGCAAGGAUGGUUCGGACUUCCUGUGCGCCACCCACAUCAUCCCGGUGAAGAACGAGGAGGGCGUGGUCAUGAUGUUUAUCCUUAAUUUUGACUACAUCCUGGAGGAGGGCAGCAGUGACUCGCUGGAGAGACUCAACCACACCUCGCCGUCCAAAGCUGAUCAAUGGAGAUUCUUCCGUUUCCGUUUCCCAGCCUUACCUCUCCUGGGUAUCAGUAAGCAGUCCCUGCCACAGGAGGACCCCGACGCCGUCAUGGUGGACUCCCCACGCCACAGCGAUGGCUCGGUGGCGACGCGCGACUACCAGCUGCCCGCCACACGAGAGAGCUGCAGUCCCUCCUACGCCAAUGACACUCGUGCCCUCAUUGGCCCCAGCCACUGUUCCACCCCCGUGUCUGGGCCCUUGGACCACUCCUCGCCCAAGGGCGCCUGGGAGCGGAUGUACCCUGAUGAGGACAACACCCAGACCCAGAACCAGAGCCAGGGGGACACACUCGUUCCAGCUCCCUCAAUCCCAGGCCUCACUCCCACUGCUUCCAGGGAGAGUGUGUGCAGUAUUCGCAGAGCAUCCUCUGUACACGAUAUGGAAGGCUUUGGUUCCAACUCCAAGAUGGUCUUUAGAGACCGACAUGCCAGUGAAGACAACGGUCGCAAUAUCAAAGGUCCGCUCAACCAGAUCAAGUCCAGCCUGCUCGGCUCCACCUCCGACUCCAACCUCAACAAGUACAGCACCAUCAACAAGAUUCCCCUCAUCACGCUCAACUUCUCUGAGGCCAAUAACGAGAAGAAGUGCCCCUCCCCUCCAUCCUCGGAGAAAACCAUCAUUGCCCCCAAGGUCAAAGACCGUACACACAACGUCACCGACAAGGUCACACAGGUUCUUUCACUGGGAGCAGACGUGCUGCCAGAGUAUAAGCUCCAGACCCCACGGAUUGAUAAAUGGACCAUCCUCCACUAUAGCCCCUUCAAGGCUGUAUGGGACUGGCUGAUCUUGCUGCUGGUCAUCUACACGGCCAUCUUUACACCCUACUCUGCUGCCUUCCUCCUCAAUGACAUCGAGGAGCAGAGGAGGCGAGAGUGCGGCUACUCCUGCUCGCCGCUCAACGUGGUCGACCUGAUUGUGGACAUCAUGUUUAUCGUGGACAUCCUCAUCAAUUUCAGGACCACCUAUGUCAACGCUAACGAGGAGGUGGUCAGCCACCCAGCCAAGAUUGCCAUCCACUACUUUAAAGGCUGGUUCCUCAUCGACAUGGUGGCUGCCAUCCCUUUCGACCUGCUAAUUUUUGGCUCAGGAUCCGAUGAGACCACCACUCUGAUUGGUCUGCUGAAGACGGCCCGUCUCCUCCGGCUGGUGCGUGUAGCCCGCAAGCUGGACCGCUACUCGGAGUAUGGUGCCGCCGUGCUCAUGCUGCUCAUGUGUAUCUUUGCCCUCAUCGCCCAUUGGCUGGCCUGUAUCUGGUACGCCAUUGGCAACGUGGAGAAGCCUUACCUGGAGCACAAGAUUGGCUGGUUGGACAACCUGGGCGUGUCCAUAGGAAAAAAGUACAACUACAGCGACCCCAGCUCGGGCCCGUCCAUCAAAGAUAAGUAUGUCACCGCACUCUACUUCACCUUCAGCAGUUUGACCAGCGUGGGCUUUGGGAAUGUCUCCCCCAACACCAACUCUGAGAAGAUUUUCUCCAUCUGCGUCAUGCUCAUCGGAUCUCUUAUGUAUGCCAGUAUCUUUGGGAAUGUGUCAGCCAUCAUCCAGAGGUUGUAUUCGGGCACGGCCAGGUACCACCUCCAAAUGCUACGGGUCAAAGAAUUCAUCCGCUUCCACCAGAUCCCCAACCCACUGAGGCAGAGGCUGGAGGAGUACUUCCAACACGCCUGGACGUACACCAACGGCAUAGACAUGAAUAUGGUCCUGAAGGGUUUCCCGGAGUGCCUGCAGGCGGAUAUCUGCCUUCACCUCAACAAGAACCUCCUCCAGGGCUGCAAGGCGUUUCGCGGAGCCACCAAAGGUUGCCUCCGAGCCUUGGCCAUGAGGUUCAAGACCACCCACGCUCCACCUGGAGACACCCUGGUCCACUCCGGCGAUGUGCUCACUGUGCUUUACUUCAUCUCCCGCGGGUCCAUCGAAAUCCUCAAGGAUGACGUGGUAGUGGCCAUCCUGGGCAAGAAUGACAUCUUCGGUGAGAUGAUCCACCUGUACGCCAAGCCGGGGAAGUCGUGCGCCGACGUGCGGGCGCUGAGCUACUGCGACCUCCACACCAUCCAGAGGGAGGAGAUCCUGGAGGUGCUGGACAUGUAUCCUGAGUUCGCCGACCACUUCCUGACCAACCUGGAGUUGACCUUUGACCUCCGCGAUGACAACGCCAAGACAAACCCACAAGCUGCUGAUUCUGACGAUGACAACAAAUGUCGAAGACGGGUGUCCUACAAAAGGAAAUCCUCCACAGGCGGCCACAACAAGGAGUCGGUGGCCACGUACUGUGACACCAAGCGGGAGAGGCAGGUCUACUCCUCCUCAGCCGAGGGAAGGCAAGAGAAAGACUCCGCCGAGGAAGGAGAGGAGGAGGAGGAGGAAGGGAGGGAGGAAGAGGAGGAGCAGAGGCCACUGUGUUCGGGGGUGCUGGGGUACCCGGUGGUUCGGGACCACACCCUGGGCCUGGGGCUGAGCAGCACCCCGGACACCCAGGCGGGAGACGGCACACAGAGCCAGUCGUAUAAAGAUCUCCACGCAGAGGAGUGGGCGUGUGAGCGUCCCAGGGAAGGUGCGGAGGAAUCGGCCCCGUGUCCAGAGGCUCCGGUCGCAGAGGAGGACAGUGACUCGGACCUCACCUACGGAGAGGUGGAGCAACGGCUGGACCUGCUGCAGGAGCACCUCAAUAGGCUGGAGUUGCAGAUGACAGCAGACAUUCAGGCUAUCCUGCAGCUGCUCCAGAGGCAAACCACCACCGGGCCCCCAGCCUACAGCACCGUCACCUCCAGCCCCGAGUACCAGAGGCCCGCCAUCAUGGUCCAGCCAGUGUCUGCCAUCCAGACAGAUCUCAGCCUCGGCCCUGCACCGCCGCAGCCGCAGAGCUCUGACUCAGAAAAGGCACAGAACAAAUCCAAAGAUUCCUCCCCAGUCCUCCUCCACACUGAGACUCUUCCAGAUGGGAACUUUGUCGGACUGCUAGAGAGGGACGCGGACAUUGAGCAGAGACACAAACAAAACACCAUGGACUCUCUAGAGCAACAACAACAACAACAACAACAACAACAGCACCAACAACCACCUAAGUCCCUCUUCCCGUCAGUCCGACAGGCCUCGCUCCCGGACGUCCCGCCCAGCAGCUCAGGAAUGUUGGGACUUCACAGGCCAGUUUCUGACCCGGGGCUUCCAGGGAAGUAGGCCUCUCCAGCCCUCGCCGGUCCUUCGCCCCCCACGCCCGCCUCCCGUUUCACAGUGGCUGGAGGUCUUCUCUCAAGUUUGACUCAGGGUCUAAGAAAGAGACUGAAUAUGCAAAGGAAAAAAAAAAAAAUCAAACUGUAGACUUUCUUCCAUUCCUUUUCGGAAUAUCUCCCAGCCCCGGCUCCUCCAAGUAUCUGACUUAGAUGUAUAAAGUCCAUUUAUACAGAGGUAUUUAUACACUAUAUUAUUAACAUAUGUAUAGUAAUCAUUACCAUGUACAUAUUCCAAAUAGAACACUGCCAGCAACACAAGGCACCUAACGUGCUCUUUCUAAAAGAGAUAUGCAUGUAGUUUUUUUUUUUUUUUUUCCCACUUUUUAUUUUUUUCUGUCGCAUGUUCCACACACUCUGCAACUCAUUGGGCAAUCAGGUGUGAUCUUGGCAUGCUUACAGACUACUGUAGCUAACAAGUCUCCUUUUGUAUAACUCUUCCCACUUCAAAGGGACGAAGCUACUUGAAAACAAAAAAAAAAAAAAGAAACCUCUUUCCAAGGCAUUUGUGUCACUCCCAAAAUACCUGGACGCACACAGCUUUGACGUUCCAUCUAUUCAGCGGCUACAAGAAGACCCCGUGCAGUGUGUUUAGCAGUUCACUAACUGACUGACAGAAAUAGAUAUUUAGCGUGCCUACCGUUAGUACACCGCAUUGCCACAACUAUUUCAAAUCCGAAUCGUACUCAAUCCUAAAUACAGAACUCAAAGUAACAGUGUGAACAUGUGUAGACGCUGUGUGAACAUCCCAUAGCACAAGACUUUUUAUCAGUCUGUGAAAGCAAUAAUGACGCCACAGUACAGGAAAUGAACUGAAAACCAUGGCAUACUUCUGGAAACACUUUUAUACAACCUGAGCUGAAAAAAAAAGAGAGAGAACAACUGCCUACGAGAUUUAUGUUGUGAAAUUGAUUUGCCUGCAAUCGUCGAACGCAAAUGCUGUUAAGAUUUGUAUGUGUACUUUUCCAGCUCCUCUCACACACACACACACACACACACAAACACACACACAUACACAAAGACACACACACGUCAGCUUUCUCACAUGAAUCGUUUCAUUUGCUAACGGUAAAUGUUCAAAGACGAUUGACAAAUUUAAAAAAAAAAAGAAUAAUCAUACUUUAAAAAGUUGUGUAUUUAGUGUAGUUUUGAAAACAUAAUGAGACCAAAAUAUAUAAUUACCAUGUAACCAACUGCAUUGUAUCAACUUUAUGUAAGCAUGGCCAUGUGGUAUUUAAGACUGCUGGACAUGGAGCAAACAUCAUGAAUAUUUUCCAUAGCUGGAGGGAACUAUGACUAUCCCACACGAUAGGUUUUGGCUCAAUUCUGUUGUGUACGCAUGCUUUAGGUCUUCCAUUAUCUUCUUGAAAAAUAGUUUUUUUUAAAGAGAAAAAAAAAGACAUCAUUAACAUGGUACCAUCAGAGAAGAAAAAAAAAAGUUCAUGUUUCAGGCUGAGCAAGAACCUCAGCCUUCAAUAGCCUUAGCUUUAUUAGCCUGCUCUAGCCUUUACAAACGACAUAUAAAUCCUACAGUACAUCCAAUGCAAGAAAAUAAUAAGCUUUUCUACCGUCAAGAGAUGUAAAUGUAUCGAAACCAUUUUAAACUUUAUAAGGGUGAACUGCAUGACGAGAAAUGAAAUUAGUCAUUUUAGUUUUAUAACGUACCUACACGAAUUCGAACACAAGCUCAUGUAUUGCAUGGAGACUGCACUUGACAAAAAAACUUGUAAAAGGUCUCAAUCAACUGUGUGUGACAUGUAUUGAUAUGUAAGGUACAGCGCAUAACUCACCGAGAGAGAGAUGAAGAAAUAACGGUUACACCUAUUUUUCUAAAAUAGAAUAUUUCAUUUGCCAUUAUUUUUCUAUGUACCUUAUUUAACUGUGUUUUUAAAAACCCCUGAUGUUAGAAUGGUGUGGACUGGGAAUAAGAUGAUGAUAAUGAUGAUGAUGAUUAAAAAGAAAAAGAUCAA